GCUGGACAGCGGGCAUCGGGUCACCAGGGCAUCAGGUCAUUUGGCUCAACAGCGGGCACCGCCUCAUCUGGCAAGGCAGUGGGCUCCGAGUCAACAGGCACGACAGUGGGCACCGGGUCAUCAGGAACCGGAUUGUCUGGCUCGACAGCGGGCAUCGGGUCACCAGGUAUGACAGCGGGCACUGGGUCAACAGGCAUCAGGUCAUUUGGCUCGACACAGCGGGCACCGCGUCAUCUGGCAAGGCAGUGGGCUCCGAGUCAACUGGUAUGUAUGACCGCGGGCACUGGGUCAGACAUUGGAUCGUCUGACUGGACAGCGGGCAUCGGGUCACCAGGCAUCAGGUCAUUUGGCUCGACAGCGGGCACCGCGUCAUCUGGCAAGGCAGUGGGCUCCGAGUCAACAGGCACGACAGUGGGCACCGGGUCAUCAGGUACCGGAUUGUCUGGCUCGACAGCGGGCAUCGGGUCACCAGGCAUCAGGUCAUUUGGCUUGCCAGCGGGCACCGCGUCAUCUGGCAAGGCAGUGGGCACCGAGUCACCAGGUAAGACAGCGGCUCUGAGUCAAUUGGCACGACAGCGGGCACCGGAUCAGGUACCGGAUCAUCUGGAUCAACAGCGGGGGCAUCGAGUCAACUGG